UUUUUUGUCCAAUAAAGUUAUUCCAUAAGAAUCUUGGCACCAAAUCUUUCACUGUUUCAGACACAUGCGCCAGCCAAUGCCCAAACAACAAUGCACAUCGUACUGUAAACCGCUACCACAACCAAACUUUUUUUUUCAAACAUUCUCACGAUUAUUUCCCUUUAAAUACAUCCAGAUAACCAUAACAAGAAAGGUAACGUUUUAUACAGGUUGAUUAUAAACAUUUCUUCCUUUUGAAACCCUUACAACUCUGAAUUGUAUGUUGCCCAUGGAGUCAAAUUUAGCCGAAUAAUACUUUAUUUCUCUUGCUUUUAAGGUUACUUUGUCGACUGACUUGUAUUUGGAUUGGCUGCCUACACGUAUCAUUGGGGUUACUAGACCAACCCGUUAUGGUGUGUUCUUUUUCGUCGGAAAUGCUUACCCAUUUCAAUACACUGUUCAAACACAUGAUAUAAUAAUUCUGUAUACAGCCAAGUGGUGACAGCUUAUUUGUAAUUAGUGUGUACUUCCAUCAGUUAUGAAUUCGAGAAUUCUUUGUAUAAACUAAAAUAUUGUUGUUUGGUCAAUCUGGAUUUAAAUUUCAGUCCAAAUGGUUAAUAUAAUGGUUAUAACAUAUGAUUGAGAACGGUAACCGAUAUCAAAGACUUGUAAUAGUUAGACUUUGAUGCUUUUGUUCAAAACGAGCUUGUAACCGUAUCUGAUUGCCGAUUAUUCGGUUUGAUUAAUAUAAUUUCAUUAAAAAAAAAAACAUAUGAUUGGUCUAUCUCCUAACACUAAUAGUAAUGCAUUUAAUCAGACAAUAUCAUCCCAAUCCAUUUGGUAACACCAAGUGUGUUUUUUUUCGAGACCGUCCCUAUCAAUCAAUCGAUAGAAUAUAUCAAAAAAACCAAUUCUAUAUACAGACCUAAUUAAAUCGAAUGGAAGAAUAUAAUGGUGCUAGUGAUAUAUGUUUUAAUUUUUAUAUCGAUGAAAAACAUAAUUAAGUUGAUGAAUUACUUGCACAUUUUGUUAACAUUAGUCUUUCAUUUCACACCGUAGCACGUCAAUUCAGAGACUUCCGAAUUUUAAAACUGUAAGAGCAAGUCCAUUGGUUAGAACCCAUAAUGGGUUCUAAUGAAUAAUUUAAUAGUUGAUUUUGUGAUUUGAGAAGUUUAGAACCCUUGUUAGUGUUAUUAAUUUUUUCAUGGUCCAAUGGGAGAACCUCUCUUUGAGGUUCUUAAAAUUUUUUUAACAAACUGAUUCCAUUUGAUCAAAACAAGUCAUACAUCAACUAGCAUAAGGUUUUAAUGAUUACUUUCACUUAUUACAUAUCAUAUUGUUGUUCUCUCUACAUACUACUUACCACAAGAUCAUUGUUACCCGUGGGCUCAAUGCUCUGAGACUCGUCUCUUUCAUCCGCCAUUGUGGUAACCAUGCGAGUCAAAAACACUUUGAUGAUUGAAGUCCUCUUCUUGUAGCAUAUCUGCACAUUCAUCACAUCAUCUCCCUCGAGGAGUUUCCAUCAAGCAUCCUAAAGAGAGUGUUCUUCACAUUAUCGAACAUGUCAAAGAGUUCCCAUCAAGUAAGAACCUACUUCAAUUUACCAAAGGACAAGAAUGUUUGGAGAAUCUAAAGCAAGUGAGAGGGAUUUGAGAUAAAGUACCUUGACGUUCUGCUCACCACCAUCAACAGCGAUCUUAUCUGGUUGUAAAGCCUACAACCUCAUGUCUGCACAUCGAUUACACUACUAUGAGAACAAGUCUCAAUCUUUUUCCUUCACAGCAACAAUAAGAAGAAGCUAUAUGCCACUGGAAAUGAUCUACUUCAAAUUAAUCUGUACACCAAUCUAAGAUUCGUAUCAAUAACAAAGUAAGCAUCUUUAAGGGUACCCCCAAUACAAAUAAUCCCACCCACAACAAAAAAAAAAAUUGAACUUUCCAUGAGAAUCCAAAAGAUUUACCUUCACUUGGCGUGUCGUUGUGUAAGAGAGCUUGCAUACGAAGCCCUCCGUGGCUUGAUCCGUUGCUGAUUCUCAGAUUGUGGAUUCACGGAUUACAGGACCAACACGAAGACUGGGGCAAAUUAGAGAGGUGUGAUGAUGUUGAGAGAGUUUCCAUGGUCAUUAGAUUCGACGGAGAGGAUAAUGAAAUAUUUUAUUAGCUUGAAGAGUUACCAAUCUUUCACUGUUGAAAUAAAGUAGAGCUUAUUGGAAUCGACAUAGAAGAUGGAGAGAUCGAGCUUGGAGGAGGAAUAGAAAAAAUGGGAUUUCGAAGGAGAGAGAGAGACAUAAAUGAGCCGUCAAAUAAGAAUGUGACACGUUAGGGUUCCUAACAAUCCUAAAAAUCCCAGUUUAAACACCGGUUCUGUGUUUUAUUUUCCUUUUUCAUUUAUUUUUUUUCUCUUUUGUUUGGAACCUCCAUUUAAGAAGCGCCGAUGGAGGUGGUCUAAAAUAAAUCAUUUACUACUACGUGCUACUAACACUUUAAAAAAUACAGAAACUUGGCUUAAUGGCAUUUUUAACUUAAUUAUUGAAAUACGUGUAUAGUUAACCUUCGCCAAACCGUGGUUUUAGUUUCUUCCAUUUUAGACAUUAUCGUCUUUAACUCUUAUUUAACAGAUAAUUUUGUGUACCACCAUCAUCUUAUACGCUUUCGUAACUUCGUGUAUAGAACUGAACGAUAUACGUUCUAAAAUUUUGUGGUUAUGUUAAUUAUUUUCUCUUCUCACUUGUCAAGUUGUCUUGGUCUAUUGGUAAUAGAACUCCAGCUGGAACUUGUGUCCUGAAUUCCAUACACCUCAACCAUUUGGUUGUCAUACUGAUAGAUUAAUUGAAUACCCAGUUUCGUGGAUUUAGUCUUUAAACCUAAAACUUUUAAGAUUCACACGGUUGAAAGAAAAAAAUCUUCACGGUGGAUUGUCGUGUGGAUGAUCAAAUUCAAAUAGUCGAUGCACGUUUUCAUAUGAACGGUCUAAAUAUGCUUGAUCAACCUCAAAAUAGUAGUAUCCGUCAAUCAAUUUCAAUACCACCAUAUAUCUCCCGAUUACCAAAUAUUCGUUGAAAUCUUUCCCUAUAUCCAAUAAAAGGUUGUUUAUCUCUCAAUUUAAUAUCAUAUAUUAAAUAAAAAGGUAUAAAGCAUAUGGGGGAUGAUUAUCCACCACUGUGCUCUAAAUUGAAAAUCUACGUCCAGUGAUAACUUGUAAAACUUUCACACCAACGGAUCAAAAGCGUUGCCUCUAGAUUUUGAAACCAGUCAGAACAAUUAAGGGAACACGUACACACAAGAGUACACAUGCAUGAUACAACACACAAGACAUACCAUGUCUGAAAAGAUCAGCCAAAUUACAAAACUACCCUAGUUGUCUCUCUUCUACGUGAAUAUACAUGCGCAUACAUAACAUAGCAGCGGUAUAUAUAUAAUACACAUCGCAGAGACCCACCUUCUUUAUUUCAGAGCAAAAAAGAAGCAAGAAAGAAAGUAUAAUGGGAUCACUGGUUCAUGUCAAAGAAGCCACAGUUAUUACUCCUUCCGACCAAACACCUUCUUGUGUUCUGUCCCUCUCCGCCUUAGAUUCUCAACUCUUCCUCCGAUUCACAAUCGAAUACCUCCUCGUUUACUCACCCGUUUCCGACCCGGUUUCUCUCUCGGGUCGUCUCAAAUCAGCACUCUCUCGCGCUCUUGUUCCUUACUUCCCUUUCUCCGGCCGUGUCCGUGAGAGACCCAACGGCGGAAGUCUCGAGGUUAACUGCCGUAGCCAAGGUGCUCUGUUUCUCGAAGCCGUAACUGAUCACCUCACGUGCCUUGACUUUCAGAAACCUCCCCGGCACGUGACUAGCUGGAGAAAGCUUCUCUCCCUCAACGUCGUCGACGUCCUCGCCGGUGCACCGCCUCUCGUCGUCCAGCUCACUUGGCUCAGAGACGGUGGCGCCGCUUUAGCCGUCGGUGUUAACCACUGCCUCUCCGAUGGCAUCGGAAGCGCCGAGUUUCUCACCUUGUUCGCCGAGUUAUCGAGAGACUCGCUGAGUCAGACCGAGUUGAAACGGAGACACCUCUGGGAUCGCCGCUUGCUUAACCCGUCUCCGGUUCGUGACUCGUUGAGCCACCCUGAGUUCAACCGAGUUCCCGACCUCUGCGGGUUCGUCAACCGGUUCAACGCCGAGCGACUCGUUCCGACCUCCGUCGUCUUCGAGAAACAGAGACUUACAGAGCUGAAGAAACUCGCGAGUCGACUCGGUGAGUCCAGUACCAAACACACAUCGUUCGAGGUGCUCUCUGCGCACGUGUGGCGGAGCUGGGCGAGAUCACUGAACUUACCAUCGAGCCAAACCGUCAAGCUUUUGUUCAGCGUCAACAUCCGAGACCGAGUCAAACCGAGUUUACCCGCCGGGUUCUACGGGAACGCCUUCGUCGUCGGGUGCGCGCAAACCACCGUGAAAGACUUGACGGAGAAAGGAUUACGCCACGCGGCGAAGCUGGUGAAACAAGCGAAGGAGAGAGUCGGAGAUGAUUACGUCAGGUCGGUGGUGGAAGCCGUGAGCAAGGCCAAGUGUCCUGACUCGGUCGGAGUCUUGAUAAUUUCGCAGUGGUCACGCCUCGGUUUAGAGAAGCUUGAUUUCGGUUUUGGUAAACCGGUUCACGUGGGAUCGGUUUGCUGCGACCGGUACUGUUUGUUGCUUCCGGUUCCUGAACGAAGUGACGCGGUUAAAGUAAUGGUCGCCGUCCCGUCAAGCGCCGUUGACUCCUACGAGAAUCUUGUGACUAGUCCUAACGCUUAGUAAUUAGAGCAUAGAUAAAUUCCAAUUUUCACUCUUUUAUUUUUUGAAAAUAAAUGAGGAACUCUCCCUCCAUUGACGUAUAAUAGUUUUGACUUUAUAAAUCCUUCGUGGUUUUUGUUAUACUACGCAAAACUUCCAUUUUUGUUUAUUCAUCGAAAUAUAAAUAAUCGAUUAUAGAUUUGUAGUC